CCAUUCGUGCACGCGUGUACACGCUCAACCCUUUCAAUCAACAAGCAACAACCAGCAUAACAAAACAUAUAGGCAUAUCACCAUGUCGCUGCCUUAUAUGAUGGUCUUUACCCUCUUGAUGACAGAGAUGAUUACCUUCAUCUUCUUGAUUCUCCCCUUGCCUUUCAACUGGCGACGAGGCAUAAUCAACUUCCUGUCAAAGUCACCCUUUAUGGCCCACAUUCAAUAUGUGAUGAAGAUCGUCUUCAUCUUCGUGUUCAUUCUCUUUGUUGACUCAUUGAACCGUGUCAUCAAGGUCGAGGACGUCGUCAAUGAUAAUGAUCACCAUCACCACAACCCCCAUGCUGAAACAAGCAUGGCCGCCAGACGCUUCUAUGCUCAGCGCAAUAUGUACCUGACUGGAUUCACCCUGUUCCUGUCCCUGAUCUUGAACCGCACCUUCUUCAUGAUCUUGGAUUUGAUGAAGAGCGAGGAAAAGAUGGAGAUUGUCAAGAAGCAGGCUGCUCAACAAAGCAAGGAAUACGAGCGCGUGUUGGAGUCCGAGACAAAGUUGAAGAAGGAGCUCAAGGAUAUGCAGGAGAAUGCGGCCAGCCAUGAGUCGCUCAAGCAGGAUCUUGAGAACUUGAAGAAGCAGGCGAACCAGCAGCAGCUUGAGUACCUGCGUAUGGCAGACGAAAACACGGCUCUGGAGAAGAAGCUCAAGGGCACCAAGUCUGAAUCCAGGAAGGACAUCUGAAAGAAGGGUCAUCGUUAUAUUUCGUUCAUUCGUGUAUCAUCUGCUGCUAUUUAGCAUCUCAUUAAAGAAAGGAUAAAGAAUUCGUGCUCGUGAAGUGCGUUCUCCUGUAUCAAGUUCGCCAUGUAAUUGUGAUGGAAAGAUCGAUUUUUCCAGGGGCAGUGUUCAAAUGAAAUGCCAACUGAGCCCU